AUCCAACAUCCAGUAUUGUGAGGAUCCCUGCCUGGAAACCUACGGUGACUCGUUCCUUUCCGAACCAUGCCUGAAAACCCAGCCUGGCCUUAAAAGUUCUUAAAUUCUUGGGAUUUUGGCAACUAGGAACCCCCGUAGAAAUCUAUCUAAUGAAUUUGAUAUGAAACUAAAGUUAUGGAUGUUGAGUCUGCAUACUCUGAAUUUAUAUCUUGCGACAGAACAGGCAGAAGAAAUGCAGUUCCCGACAUCAAGGGUGAAAGUACGCCAGGAGUAAGGGAUCUUUCCGAAAACAUGGGGGAGAUGAACCUACAAGGAGCAGAGGGUCAAGAAGGGGCAACAUCUUCAGACAAUGGACAAGAACAGAGGCCAGAAGCACAAGAUGGUAACUCGCCAUCGUGAAUUACAUACGUCCUAUGAACUUCCACGUGAAUUGACUUUUUUAGCAGGGAAGAAAAAGACUUAUGUGAUUGGGAAGUUCCUCUGAAAAGCAGGAUUCCGGGUUGGAAAACACAGUUCACGUAGAUGCCUACACGACAUGAAGAACUCUGUGGAGCGUGUAAGAACCUCGGGUGGCUAAGGCAUAUUCAACAUGUCUUCUGAAAGUCCACCAGACCUAAACUUGCCUUAGUGAUUUUUAUUUUUAAUUUAAAAAAUAUGCAAUCUCCUCUACCAUUGAUGUUUCAUUUAAGGUACAUUUUUGCCCCCUCCCCUAUUCUAUUUUGUAAUUGUUAAAUAUAAUUUAUUCAGUAGGUUCAGAGACUUUUUUUCUUUACCCUUCCUAAAUUUCUACAAUGGAUCCAAUUAGCAUUUAGCUAUGGAGGAGAAGACUUGCUCCAUCUCUUAAGGGCCCUUUUUUAACACUGCCUUACAGGAUUUAAGUGGACCAAUAACGAGUAGCCAGUCCAAUUUGGAAAUGGCUCCUAAAAAGUCAAUCUGCCAAUUUUUUUUUUAAUCUUUUUCUUUAAAGAAAAAAAAAUCACAUUUUCUAAGUACAAUCUGUUACAAAAACUUCACCUAAAACUCUACAUCUAAAAUAAUUAUGAUACAUGCUGAAAAAAUAAUUUCUUUUUUUUUUAGGUUUUUGUUUCUUCAUAAAAAUAUUUAGUUGGGUGAAAAACUUUUGGUUUUGUUUCUUUGAACACAUCAUUUAAUAAAUCACACUGAAAUAUGAAUAUGCA